AUGAUUAACGAAGAGCCCACCGAGGAUCAGAAGACAAAAACUGAGCAAGAACAACCCCAAGAAGCUCAACCAAGCGUUGCCCCAGACGUCGAAAUGAAAGUGCCAGACGAAGUAAAGCAAGCAACCCCACAGAAACCAAAUUAUAAGCUGCAAUACAGUUUGAGCGGGCACACCAUGUCGGUCUCGUCUCUCAAAUUCAGCCCGGAUGGGACAAUGCUCGUGUCGGCAGCCGCCGACAAGCUCGUGAAGCUUUGGAAUGCUUUUACCGGAGAAUUCAUGCGUACAUUUGAAGGGCAUACGCUCGGUAUCUCAGACGUUGCGUGGUCAGGCGACAGUGACUAUAUCGCGUCCGCGUCCGACGACAAGACUAUCCGGAUAUGGAGCCUCGAGACAGGUUCGACCGCCAUGACGCUUAAUGGCCAUACGAGCUUCGUAUUCUGCGUGAAUUACAACCCGAAUUCCAACUUGCUCGUCUCUGGUGGGUUUGACGAGACAGUACGCGUUUGGGACGUCGCCAGAGGGAGGUGUCUGAAGGUGCUUCCAGCCCACUCCGACCCUGUCACAGCGGUGGGGUUCAAUCACGAUGGCACGCUUGUUGUGUCGAGUGCGAUGGAUGGUCUCAUUCGAAUAUGGGAUGCAGAAUCUGGGCAGUGUCUAAAAACACUGGUAGACGACGACAAUCCAAUAUGCUCGCACGUCAAGUGGUCUCCGAACUCACGAUUCGUACUGGUAUCCACACAAGAUUCUACCAUUCGUUUGUGGAAUCACCAGACCUCACGCUGUGUUAAGACGUACAGCGGUCACGUCAAUCGCACAUUCUGUAUACCAGCAUGCUUCACGAACGUGGGCAGUAAAUGCAUCGUAUCAGGCAGCGAAGACGCCAAAAUCUAUAUUUGGGACCUGCAAACUCGUGAGGUUCUGCAGAUUCUGGAAGGGCAUCGGGAUGUUGUGCUCGCUGUGGCGACACAUCCGACCCACAACAUCAUCGCUUCUGCUGGGAUGGACAAAGACCUUACCAUUCGAUUGUGGCGUGAUUCACAACCGACAUCUUGA